CCUCCUCCUCCUCCUUCAGUCGGGCGAGGAGGCGCCCUGGAAGGUUACUUUGUGAAACAGUGUAGCGAGCGGCAACAAUGUAGCAAAUUGUAACCUCGAGCGGUGAGGCACACGACAACGGGCUGCAGCUCAGACCAGAGUGAGACAGGCAGCAAGGCUUUCCUUACCCCCUCACCCCGUCUCCUUCAGCACUUUGCAAUCUGCCCCCGCGUCAAGUCAUGUCCUCCUCCCCAGGAGGAGGCACCUCGGCUCUGGAGUCCGCUUCCCCCGCCGCUGGCUCGCUGCUCCUCAACGCGCCGCCCCGCUCCAGGAUCUACAAGAUCAUCGUCAUCGGCGACUCGGGAGUGGGCAAGACCUGCCUGACCUACCGCUUCUGCGCCGGCAAAUUUCCCGACAAGACCGAGGCCACCAUCGGGGUGGACUUCCGAGAGAAAACCGUGGAGAUUGAUGGAGAAAAGAUCAAGAUUCAACUGUGGGAUACAGCUGGCCAAGAACGUUUUCGGAAGAGUAUGGUACAACACUACUACAGGAAUGUCCAUGCCGUUGUCUUUGUUUACGACAUGACCAACCCUGUGAGCUUUCAGAGUCUGCCAGCCUGGAUUGAAGAAUGCAACCAGCAUUCACUUGGUGGAGAAAUCCCACGUAUCCUCGUGGGGAACAAGUGCGACCUCACGGAUGCCACCAAAGUCAAAACUGAGCUGGCUCAGAAAUUUGCUGAUACUCAAAGCAUGCCCCUGUUUGAAACCUCUGCUAAGAACCCAAAUGACAAUGAUCAUGUAGAGGCCAUAUUCUUGACUUUGGCUCAUAAACUGAAAAACCACAAGCCCAUGAUGCUUAGCCAGCUCCAGGUAGAUGAGCCAAAAGUGAAGUUGGAAUCUGAACCAAAGGCUGAUGUGGAGUGUUACUGUUAAAGGUUAACUUUUGGUGUUUUCUAUAAUGAGUGAAGAUCAAGAGCACCAGAUUAUGAGAGGAAAUUCAACAGGCGAAGGGAAUGAAUAAUACAUUGGAUUACCCAUAUUCAAAUAUCAAGCAGACUCUCUUUACUCAAACUGAGGACAGUAAAGGAUAGGCUGCAUUUUAUGAUAAUCCCAGCUAUUAGUUUUAUGCAGAGACAUGUAGAAGAAGCUUUGAAUAAAUUGCCUCAGCUAAAGAAGCCAUUUGAAUUUAUGCCUUAGGAUUCUUUUCCCCCACUAUUUCUUCACUCAUUUUUUUCAAUGUCCAUCUCCAGUUAGUUGUGAGAGGAUUAAAUAUUUUCUGUUUCUCAGUUGCUCAGCUGGUUGUUAGGGGCAAACAGCUGAGUCUUGCAGAGCUGGAGAGUUUCUUGUUUGAUUGUCAGUUUGUGUUGGAUCAGCUGAUGUUAGCCAAGGUAGUGACAGGGGCAGCACUAUUAGUUUCCAGUGUCUUCACGCUGAGCAGGGUGAACCCACAAAGGUUCGUUCGUUUUCUGCCAACGUUGUGAUUCUUCUUGUAGUUGAGGUUUGUCAACAUUCACUGCUAUGUGAAGAAUGGUGCUUUGAUUUUGAGAUAACCGGAAUGUUGAAAAUUGACAGAAAAUGGAGGAAAAGUGUUUUGGUUUAAAAAAAAGUAUUAUUUUAAUAUUUACAUUAAUCUGAGGAUUUUAUCUGUGAAAUACAGAAAUGUGAUGUUCACAGCCUAUAAAUAUAUACUUCUAAUACUAUAUUCCUAACAAGAACGUUGAGAUUUUAAAGGAAUAUAUCAAAUUUGAGUUGCAGACUUUUGUGGCACCACAUUUAAAAUGUCCAACUAAAGCCUUAAACUAGAGUCAGUUAUGGAUGUAGGUUUGCUCACUGAGCUGGAAGGUUCAUUUCCAGACGUUUUGUCACCCUACUAGGUAACAUCUUCAGUGGGCCUCUGGGUGAAGUAAUGUUGAUACUUCCUGCUUUCUAUUUAUAUGUUUGGGUUUCUUUGGGUUGGCGAUGUCAUUUCCUGUGAUGAUGUCAUUUUCUGUUCUUUUUCUCAGGGGGCAGUAUAUGGGGGUCUAACUCGGUGUGUUUGUUGAUAGAGUUCUGGAAAUGACAUCACCACAGGAAAUGAUAUCACCAACCCAAAGAAACCC